UGUGGGCUCUUUCGACUUGACUUUUUUCUUGUGCCCAUUUGAAAGAGAUCAUCGAGUGAGUGAAUGAGACACAAUUAGCGUUAUUAACGACGUCGAACAAAGUUGAACCAUCGAUGGAAAACCUGCCUCUUGUGUUGUUAACGAGAGUAGACUAGGAAAAAAGCACAUAACCCUAGUGCCUUGUUAUUGUUUUAUCUUUUAUAUCAGUAAGUUUUAUUGAUAAAGAGAUGAAGCUUUGUUGCUAUAAAAGCGCAAGACUUAUCCCCAAUAACAACCCGCCAACAAUAACACGCUAUUCUCAACGUUCCGGCAGCAGCAAACUAUCUCUACGCAUCAAGGAUGGCUCUCAACAUCGAUCCGCCUGCGAGCACCUUCGACUCUGUCAAAGGAGGUCUCAACAAGCAUACAAUCGUCAACACAACGGACAAGCGUCAUGCAUUCAAGGUAAACCUCUUUAAAAUCUCCCAAAAUUUCUCGGCACUAAAUAAAAUUUCUUUACUUUUUCAGAUCAAAUGCAGCAACAAUAUGUUCUACCGCGUCAGCUCUGUGUACGGCUUCGUCGACCCCAAUGGCAAGAAGCCUGUCGAUGUGCAUCGUCUCCCUGGAGGAUCUCCUGGCGCAGAUCGAUUCGUCGUCCAAUGGGCAGAGGUGCCUGCUGAAGAGAGUGAUCCGAAGGCGCCGUUCCUUGCUCAGGCACAGUCCGGAGAGGUGGUCUUCAAUGUCACGGCCGCUGCUGCUGCCGCCAAUUCUGCCGCCGCUCCUCCUGCUGCCGAGGAGAAGAAGGAGUGAAGCACCGGAAGAGAUCGCGAGAUGACUGUCAAGAAGGAGCAGGCAACAACAAAAUUGAAGCGGAUGAGCAUAGGAUGAUUCAUAAUUCCCAUUGUAUAUUUUUCUAACCCCAAACCAUAGUGUAUUGUAUAUUUUGCCUGUUGAUUAUGUCCUUCAAGAUGUAUAUGUAUAUAUUUGUUGUAUUCUUGAUAUAAAUAUUUGUAUAAUGUUUGUUUUUAAUUUUUUAAGUUUGACUGGAGAAAGAAUAUGUGGUAGGAUUGUUAGACGUCGUUUAAAUUUGUUGGUCGAAUCAAUUGAGACUUUUUUGCCCUUCAAUUGCAAAACAAAUCUUAAAUUCCUAAUUCUUUCAAAAAAAUCUAAAAAUUUCACCUGUGAUGCUUAAAACAAUUCUAGAAAUCUUAAAAUUAUCGUAAAUCUUGAUACAACUUUGUCAGUUGUAUCGAAAAGAAUGAGCGUUAUAAGGAAAGUCAGCGAAGUUAGGCGUUUUCUCCUACAGCGGUAAGUUAAGAAUUUUAAUUUUGCUGUAUUUAGCCUCAGAGAAUCAAAAUAUAAGUUUAUUUGCAAUUUUAUUUUUGCAUUCAAAAUGACAGAAAUUUUCAAUUUCCAAAUCGUAGGUUGGCAUUCCCGACUAAAAAAACAAAAAGAUAUUUUAAAAGUAUAAUUAAUGGGUAUGUAUUAUCAAUAAAGAAAUUAAAAGAAAACAAAAUGUUAAAGUUGUUUCAAAUGUUUGGAAAUCGUAUUACAGAG